AUUUUCCUGAUCUCCAGCCUAAAGCUCCCUCAGCUCAGUUUCAUGCUUUUUCCUUGGGUCCUGACACUGAAAAUCUGUUUUACCUGUAACAAAAAAAGAUAACAGUUGAUAUUUAUGCCUUGUAACCUGAAAUGUUUGACCACCCUUACAGCAAAUCAGCUCCAUCUCAAAACACCACCAGCAGCAGCCAAGUGCCAUCUCCUGAGCCUUCUGAGAGAGAUGCUCCAGCAAGAUCUGCUCAGAAACGGCCUCUGGCUCCUGACUUUACCAGUCCUGUGAAGAGCAAGAAGAGCCGAACUGGUCACCAGCAAUUCACCAGUCACAUCCAGCCAGCAGCUGGAGGCCUCUCUUCUUCCUGGGUGCUGCCUUCCACAUCCCUUUUUACUGGGAACAUGUCUCCAAGUGUUGGCUCCAUUUCCCCCUGCAUCCAUGAGGUGCACAAGAAAGACAACUUCCAGAGGUCUAGCAUCCCAGAGCCUGCCAGGGUGCAGGAGGAGAUCCCCAAUUCAAUCGGGAAGAAAAAUGAAUUGGGAAGGCUGAAGCAGGCACAUCCUUUGGAUUUCGAUGAAGGAACAAGAAAAGACACUUCCAUUGUCUCCACAUGCUCUGCAACAACCAACCAAGCAGACUACCUGAGAAAAUACACAGCCAUCGUCUCCUUGGAGCAAGGCCAGCACUACAAGGAUGACUUCAAUGCAGGGUAUGAGGAAUACAGGAAUUUACAUGCUCAGAUUGACAAGAUCAACAAGGAUUUCGUGCAGUUUUAUGAACAAUGGAAGUGUCUGAAUCCAGGCUCUGAAACCUAUCAGGGUAGCCCCAGCUACUCUGAAAUGAAGAGCAGGUGCCAGUACCUCCACAAAAGGCUGUCCCACAUUCAGAGGCAAAUAUCUGAGUUUGACAAGCAGUAA